AUGUCUGCUCCCUUCAUCCCAGACUUUCCUUCAAUCGGGAAGAACAUCUACUACUACGAGCCAGACCUUGUAGAUACGCCAAUACCUGAGAAUGCCAACACUCACCCAUCCCUAAUCAUCCUUUGCCCCUGGUACGGCGGCGCAACACCCCGUCGCGUGGCCAAAUACACCAGCGGCUACCGCCAACGCUAUCCCCGCACAUCCAUCCUGCUCAUCAACACUUCUUUCCGCGACUAUGUCGCCCGUUCAUUGCACUCUAUCGAUGGAAACAUUACUCCCGCCAAGCAUACAAUAACCAAGACACUGCAGUCCACUCCUGAUGCCAGGAUCUUGCUCCACGUGUUCUCUAACGGCGGCUGUAACACAGUCACACAACUCGCGCGAGCAAUGAAGUCAGAACCAGUGAACUUCAAAUCAGCGCUGAAGCUAAUCAUCUUCGACUGCUGUCCAGGGGAUUCAUCUUUCGACAGACUCUACGCUGCUGGAGCAAUGGCUCUACCGACAGCUCAACCUGGUCGUGCGAUUGGAACCGCAGUGCUUUAUUCCACUGCUAAGGUGGGAUAUGCUCUGCAGAGUAUUAAGGCCAUGAGAUCCAUAGAUGAUUAUCGUGCGGACUUGAAUGAUGCGGAGAUCUUUGGGGAGGCGCGUAGGUUGUAUCUCUAUUCUAGGAUUGAUGAGAUGAUUCCCUGGAAAGAUGUGGAAGGGCAUAUGAUCGAGGCUAGUCGCAGGGGGUAUCCUGUUACCGGGGUCAGCUUUGAGGAUGGGAAGCAUUGUGGGCUGGUCAUGGGGGAUGAGAGGCGGUAUUGGGAUGCUGUAGAACGGGCCUGGGAGGGAGGGAAGACGGUUGUCUGGGAGAAGAGUAGGCUGUGA